UCCUCUUGUAGCGCUGUGUGUUGAUAAGGCUCAGCAGGCUACGCUCGUUUGUUGAGCCGCUUAUCGGCGCCGGUGGCCGAGAUGUCGGUCUUAAUGCACGCCUGCACUUUGGUGGUAAAAAUCCUCAUCCUGCCGCUGCAACUGUCAGAGCUACUGGGUUUGUACCGAUUCUACAAGCGCGUGUUUCCGAUGCUCACGUAUUACGUUAGCUUUUCAUACAACCGAAAGAUGGACGAGAAGAAGCGCGAGCUGUUCCGCGAGCUGCUGCGCUUCUCUCCGCGCGAUGGGCCGCUGCGUCUGCUGGAGGUGGGCUGCGGCAGCGGGGCCAACUUCCAGCACUACCCGAGCGGCUGCAAGAUCACCUGCACCGACCCUAACCCUCACUUCAAGGACUACCUGCAGAAAAGCAUGGACAAGAACGACCACCUGGUGUACGAGAACUUCGUAGUGGCACCUGGGGAGGACCUGAGGGUCGUAGAGGACAACUCUAUGGACGUGGUGGUCUGCACGCUCGUUCUGUGCUCGGUUAAAAACACUCCUAAGGUUAUCCAGGAGGCCACAAGAGUCCUGAGACCGGGUGGAGCGUUCUUUUUCUUGGAGCAUGUGGAGGCUGACCCCUCGACCUGGACAUACUUCUUUCAGCAUGUUUUCAAGCCUUUAAUGUACUAUGUUGGUGAUGGCUGUGAGACUACUCGUGCCACCUGGAAGCACCUAGAGGCAGCUGGUUUCUCUGACUUGCAGCUUCGCCACUUCCAGGCACCACUUUUCUUUCUUGUCAGACCACAUAUCUUGGGUUAUGCUGUGAAAUAAUGAUGGCACAGUCGGACCACUAACACAGUGGAUUAACGCAUAUUUUUGUAUCAAAUAUGUUUUACUUCUGUGAGAUGAUUUAGUAACAAAUGAACUUGUAAAGCAAUGCAUUAGUGUCAGAUGUAACAUUUUUUUCACACUGGCCACCUUUUUUUUUACUGGCCUUUUGUAUAUUUUAUGGGUGAAGGCAAAAGAAAAAAUGACACUUUUUUUAUAAACCUGUUAAUUUAUUAAUUGUACAUACACUGCAAUGAUUGUCAAAACAACAAAGAGCUGACUAAUUUUCUUUUUUGGGCAUUUUAAAGAACAAUAUAAAUUUUUAAUUUAUGACCGGAAGGUUGCCGGUUCAAUCCCCAGGGCCGACAGUCCAUAACUGACGUGUCCUUGAGCAAGACACCUAACC